GCUUUCUGCUACAAUGUAACACGUUUUCUACACUUAUGUGUGUUUUCCAGGUGAUAGUCUGAUACUGCAGAACCACUGUUCAACCACUGUGGACAGCAAUACGACUUCUUCCCCUCCGGAUCACGUUGGCAUUUUUUUUUUUAAGUUAACUCAACUUCUGUUAAGUAAUUGUUGCUCAGAACUGAAUUUGGGAAAUUAAGCCAACAUUGGUUACUGCUACUUUUCUGAUGGUAGCAAGCAUCAUUGUUACUGUCAGUGAGGGGUCUGCAGCAGGCUCAAAAUGUCAGUAUGCCUAUUACUCAGGACAACGCCCUCAGCAUUCUCCUGCUGCUGGAGGACUGGCACAGGGCUCAGAUGGUGAGAUCUAACAACACUAACAUAAAAGAAGACAGUUUGGAAUAUAAGGAUGAAGAGUACCACAAGGGAGAAGAAGACAGUUUUUGUGGCAGUAUUCAGUUGGAUGAUCUGCCCUUGUGUCUGGCUGCCGCUCAGAAAUUGGUGGAGUAUAUUAAGUUCAAUUUCAUGGAGAGUGACACAGCUCUCUCAGCUACAAGCUCCUAUUGUAGAAAGGGACUUGAUGUCGAAGUUCAUGCUGUUUCCUUCAGAAAAAGUGAGGACGAUGCUGCUGAAUUUGGCCUGAGCUUUGGGAAUAUCCCUAUUUUUGGGGAUCCUGAUAUCAGAAAAAAAGGCUGUUCAAGGAAAAAGAGAGAGGAGGGCCCCAUCAUUGACGUGGGCUGCAUUUGGGUGACAGAGGUGAAAAAGAAAAGCCCAGCAGCCUGUUGUAGGUGUAUCAAACUCAGAGAUGAAUUGCUGUCAGUAAAUGGACAACUGAUGGUGGGAGUUAAUGUCAGCGGAGCCAGCUACCUGGUUGAUCAGUGCUGGAAUGGUGGUUGUAUUUAUUUGAUCCUUUUGCGUCGCAUCAAACGAAAGGCCCCUCUCCCUCCUUGUGUCAAGGGAAGUUUCACUAUUCCUAACAAGAUGGAUCACUGUCAAACCCAGCAGGACAUAACUGAUUUUGAAGUGGUGAACUGCAAACGUACACGCAAACUUGGGGUGAUAUCACAAUCAUCUAACCAAGGCUACAGGGAAAGUACUGCAUCACAGAUCAAAACCAGGAAUCAGUACUCCCUUUUUAAUACUGAUGAAGAAGUCAGUUCGUCACUAGAAGACUACAGCCCAGACUUGUCUCCUCAGACAAGAACUAUUCAUUCAUACAAUGGAUCUGCUGGAACUCUGCCGGGGAGAAGUCACAGUCAGGUGUUGGAAUGCAAAAUGCAAUCCUUCAUUAGUGAAGCUACUACCCAGCUGAGAGAGGGCAGUCACAUCUGGAAGAUGCAUAUGGUGAAAGGUCAUGAGGGUCUUGGAAUACAAAUAACAGGGGGACGUGGCUCCAAGCGCUCUUCUCAUGGAAUUAUUAUCACUCAUAUAGAGAAAGGGGGUGCUAUUCACAGGGAUGGACGUCUUCAUGUUGGUGAUGAAUUGCUGAUGGUUAAUGGUCAGUCUCUAGUGGGUCUCACACACCAAGAGGCUGUUUCCUUUCUUCGCUCCACUACUGGUCUUGUCCAAUUGGUGGUAUCAAGUCAGGAGGAGUCAAAAGUGGAUUUUGAACUCUUUCCCUCCACAAGCCUUCCGGACCUCAUCAGCACCUGCAGAUCUUCUUCAUCCCUGUUUCAGGCUGCACCCCACUGCUUUUCCCAGACUUUCAGUAGCACCACUGGUCUUAACAAUUCUUCCCUGUUAUCACCGCUGGAGAACCUAGAGGAGUUCAAUCAGGGGAAGGCAUCAGAAACAUCCUGCUGCAGUUCUACACCUAUGAAGCUAUCUUGCCAAUCCCAAGGUGGCAGCAGUUGUCUGGAAUCAGUGGGCGAGGAUAAUGAGCUGUUUGUGGAGAACGUCAUCAGCGGCGGUGAAGUGGCAGAGAAACCUUUAUCUGGUCGACGCAAACACUCCUUACCUCAUCAGCUGGAUAGUGCUAGAGUCAGACAGGUUACUGAGUCUUUCACACAACAUAAAACUGAAGAUGUUAGGAUGAACAUACAAGGUUUACUUCUCUUCUAGAUAGUACAGGUUGUGCUCUAGUGUUCUGUAAAAGACCAGGAUCCUUAUGUUACACCUCCUUUUAGAGAUAUUGGUUUCCUCAGUUCAGCUCAAUUUGUUAAUAUGGUGUCAAUGCACAACACACUGGUAGGUUAAUAGGUGAAGGGGGCUUAUAUAAGGAAAGUUACUUUACAUUAUCACAGCACGUUGUUAUGGGCACCA